CUUGGUACGACAACAUCAGAGGGCACCAGUGAAUCAGAUUCUGCUCCGCAUCAGGAAGGCGAUGACAUUACUCACCACGAGCAGGUGGUCGAGGUCGAGCACUCAACACUUUCACCAUCUUCAUCAAGUUGUACCCCUGUACUUGAUUCCAAAACUUCAUCGACUACAAGUAGUGGGACUGCUAUCAAAACAUCAAGUGGCACAGCGACGAGAAGUCCGAGCCCGAACACAGCGAGCGAGGUCAAAACUUUGUCUUCACCUGAUUUCUCAACCACCUCGUCCUCGGCAUGUAGUUCUCCAGUACUGCCUUCACCGACUCCGGUUGGAGAUUGCGUAAUGCCUAGCCCAAGCUGUGAAUUGGACGACCAGGAUCAGCACGUUCAGAGCAAAGCAACUGCC